CCUCUGCAUUUCUGUCUAGGGCGUCUCAGCCUCCAAGGGUGUGAGAACGUAUAGAGGCACACUAUUGUUCCCUUUUGCCUCUAUUCUGCAAAGAUAUCUGCUUUGGACAAAGGAGGAGUACACAUCACCUGCCCAUUGUCUGUCAGCUAACCCUCAAAGACAGAGCACCUACGUGCGCUGGAGGGAAAGGCUGCCUGCUGACUUUCAUGAUAACAGCCCCGUGGAGGAGGAUUUUACGUCUGCGUUGGUCAGGAGUCACCAGAGGAACAGAACAGACAGAAUGAUGGCUAUUAAAAGGAGGUUUCUCAGAGCGCUUAUGUGACAUACAUGAUCCCGGUAGUCCAACGAUGCCUGUUUCUCUAUUCUGAAGAGGCCGAGAACCUCAAGGUCCAUUCUCCAGCAGAUCCAAUCUGGUGCUAGAGGCCUGGAGAAUUCCCAGAGAGCCUCUGACUCUUAGUCCACGUUGGACACCCCAAAAAAGCUGGGUAGUGCCAUCAGUGACAGCCUGCAGCAGCGACAGAGUAGAAGAACUUGGCAACAAGGAUGAAUGAAGAGGAUCCUCACUCCUCUUUGUCCGGCGUCCAAAUGCCCUGCUCCUGGAAGCUACUCGGGUUUCUGUCGGUGCAUGAGCCCAUGCCCACCGCGGCCUCCUUUGGCAUCGAAAUGUUCAACGUCACCACACAAGUCCUCGGGUCUGCUCUUAACGGGACCCUUUCGAAGGACAACUGCCCAGACACCGAGUGGUGGAGUUGGCUCAAUGCCAUCCAGGCCCCCUUCCUCUGGGUCCUCUUCCUGCUGGCCGCACUGGAGAACCUCUUUGUCCUCAGCGUGUUCUUCCUGCACAAAAACAGCUGCACUGUGGCCGAGAUCUACCUGGGCAACCUGGCAGCGGCGGACCUCAUCCUGGCCUGCGGGUUACCUUUCUGGGCCAUCACCAUCGCCAAUAACUUUGACUGGGUGUUUGGAGAGGUGUUGUGCCGGGUGGUGAACACCAUGAUCUACAUGAACCUGUACAGCAGCAUCUGCUUCCUGAUGCUCGUGAGUAUCGACCGCUACCUGGCGCUGGUGAAGACCAUGUCCAUGGGCCGGAUGCGCGGGGUGCGCUGGGCCAAACUCUACAGCCUGGUGAUCUGGGGCUGUACACUGCUUCUGAGUUCACCCAUGUUGGUGUUCAGGACCAUGAGGGAAUACAGCGAAGAGGGCCACAAUGUCACCGCCUGCGUCAUCGUCUACCCGUCCCGUUCCUGGGAGGUGUUCACCAACGUGCUGCUGAACCUGGUGGGUUUCCUCCUGCCCCUGAGCGUCAUCACCUUCUGCACGGUGCGCAUCUUGCAGGUGCUGAGGAACAACGAGAUGAAGAAGUUCAAGGAGGUCCAGACGGAGAGGAAGGCCACCGUGCUAGUGCUGGCCGUCCUGGGGCUCUUUGUGCUGUGUUGGGUGCCUUUCCAGAUCAGCACCUUCCUGGACACGCUGCUGCGCCUCGGCGUGCUGUCCGGAUGCUGGGACGAGCACGCCGUAGACGUCAUCACGCAGAUCAGUUCCUACGUGGCCUACAGCAACAGCGGCCUCAACCCACUGGUGUACGUGAUCGUGGGCAAGCGCUUCCGGAAGAAGUCCCGAGAGGUGUACCGGGUGCUGUGCCAGAAAGGAGGCUGCAUGGGAGAACCCGUCCAGAUGGAGAACUCCAUGGGGACUUUGAGAACCUCGAUCUCCGUGGAACGGCAGAUCCACAAGCUGCAGGACUGGGCAGGGAAGAAACAGUGAACAGAAGCCACCAGGCAGGACUACUGCCAAGUGUGUGAGGAUUGGUGGGACCGGAGCUCCUCAGCCUGGGUUCAGGAAGGAGCUUGAAGCAUCCUAGGCAGCCCCAGGGAAUCAGGCAGGUGACUCCAGCCCUGUCUCAUGGCAUAAGCAUGCUGUGGGGAAUGGGUACCCUGGGGCACAGCAGGGUCAUUCUUACUGACUGACGCUCUAAUUCUCCAUGAGUGGAGGGGUCAUGGGUAUGGGUGGGAGUGACAGAGCUUCCUUCCCUUUUGGGGAAGGACAGAUCUCCUGCCAGCUUUGGCCCUGUGGCUACAUGCACAGUAGGCAUGGCCGCCUCAUUUCCCAGUUUCAAGGGUAUAAGAUUUAUUGGUCUUCUGAAGGUUAAAUUCUAUGGUAAGAGCCCAGGGACUGGGGUUCUGUGGCUCCUUUCACCUGUAGACAAGGUGGACAGCACAAAAGAAGAGCCCCCAAAGCAUUUAUGGAGCACUUGUUGAAUACACACCGUUAUACACUGAGGGCAAGAGGAAAGAACUGCAUAGUUUAAUGUCUUAUAGGAGCCCUGACAUUAGCGGAGAAUACCGAGAAGGCUGCUGCUGGUGUGCCAAAGCAAGGAACUGUGGGAGACGGGAGAGUACAGGGCCCAGGCUAGCCAGUAACCCCGAACACGGUAGCCUCAUCCCUGCCUCUGCUUCUUCGGUUGUAAUCUGAGGGUGUCCUGGGCUUUGAAAGUGGGGUGUUAUAUGGCUGUGAGGCAUUGUGACCCACACCACCACAUGCAGACGCAUUGGGACUCUUGGCACAGAGAAAGCCACUCAGGCUGAAGAGCUACUCUGUGGGGACACUUAGUAUUGGAAGGCCCAGUACCUGCCUGCAGGUGUCUGCGGCCCUCAGUCCCCUCUAUCUUUCCCUCCUAGUAUUUCACCCCUAUGCACACAAAGCACAAAGCAUUUGCUCCACAGGAAGGGCAAGGGCGGGAGACAGCGAGUGUUUGUUUUGCAGGGAAACAAAGAAAAAGGAAUUCUGAUGGGACCUGCCCAGGGAAUCCACACCUCACAGCCUGGCUACAAAUUGGUAGCUGUCCAGGAGAGUCUAAGCUGCUUCACAGAGUCCCUGUCUCAGUGACCAAGGGCUGCAAUGAGUGGUUUUAUUUGAGAGUGGCUCACAAAGCAGGGGACGGACACUACCAAAGAGCAGCUGACCCAUCCAAGGUCACUUAACCCAGGGUGUUAAUUCUGGGCCUAAUCCCCUGCAUGGCCACAGAGUGAUAGCCUCAUGAGUGAUGGUGGGUGGAGCUGCCUGCACCCAGGGAACUAUGACAUGAGACUCAAACCACCCCCACCUCUGGGGGACAGCACACGUGCAUAUUGAGCAGGUCUCCCAUCAGGGAUAUGAGGAUAGCCUCUCGGAUAGCUUCAGGGCCACUGGGUUCUCCGUUAGAACCUUCUCAGGGUCCUUAGGUGAGCUCAGGUGUCAGUGGAGACAGUUGCCCCACCAACUCUGCCAGAGGCUCAGGUGACAGACACCAUACUCGUAGUUCCAGAAUCUUCCAUGGGAGUUAAUUUUUCCAUGCGUCCAUAUCGGUUACUUUCUAGGACCUGUGACAAACUUCUUGACAGAGGCCACUUAAGGGAAAGAGAAGGGUAUUUUGUCUCUCAGUGUCAAGAAAGGCUUUGGUCCGGUGCAGCAGGAACUGUAUGGUAAACAGAGUGCCUGACAGAAGCAUCAUACUUCAGAGAUGACCAGUAAACGGAGACACAGCUGGAACCAGGGAGGCCUAUGACUGUCAAAUGUCUGCCCCUAGUGACCUUUCACCUAUAAGGUCCUACAUCCUAAAAGGUUCUAUCACUUUCCAAAAUAGGGCCAGCAGCCAGGAACGAAGGGAAGCGCAUUUCAGACUCAACCAUUACAAUGUCGCUACAAACUGGCUGGCCCCUGGGGACAUAUGAGGAGCAUAUCAAACAGCCUCCUACACCAAGCCACUUAGGAGCUCUCCACUUGACAGCCAGAGGCUACGGAGACUGGGGGAAAUGAGCAGAGUUCACUGGAGUUUCUGGCCAGGCUGGAGCCAAGGGAGAGCCUAUGUGGCAAAGAGCCCAUAAAUCCCCACCAAUCUGACUUUGAAUUUCCUAACAGAGUGGACCCCAGGAAAUUCUUUUUCCACCCCAUCUUCCCGGACACUAGUCCAACAAGCACACAGGACACUGUAGCCAGAAGAAGGAAACAAAUGACACACCCAUACUGUGAAGGAGAAGCAGGGCCCCGUUCUCAGAAGAGGAGCUGGUGGGCUACAAGUGCAAGGGUCACGGCUGGCCACAGCCUGGGUCCCUCGGGGUGGCUGAAGGGUCUGGAACUGGGUCCCUGCAGGGUCUGCAACUAGGACUGUGGGAGGGAAGCCCCCUUGUGCCUUGUGUCAGCAUCCUGAUGACAAAUCGUGUCCAGUGAAAGAUGCAGAGAGCUCUGUACUGUGCAGAGGAAGUGGCCAGGGUACCAACGAGGGAGGAGCGCUCUGUGAAAGCACACGACUCUCCUGUGCACUGGAAUAAACAGAUGAAUUCUGCAUAGUG